AUGACUCAAAGAAAGUAUGCUUUGGAGCUGAUUGUAGAGUCAGGACUUGGUGGUACCAAACCUGCUAGUACACCCUUGGGGACCAGUUCAAAGCUUAGUUCUGUUGAGUUUGACAUGCAGGUGCUCAGCCAGUUUAUGCAUAAACUUAAGCAAUCUCAUAUGGAUGCUGCUUUAAGAGUAGUUAGAUACAUCAAGACUGCUCCAAGUCUUGGUCUGUUGAUGCCCUUAAAAGGCUUAGGAAGACUUGAAGCCUAUUGUGACUCAGGCUGGAGUGGAUAUUUGCAAACUAGAAGAUUUGUUACAGGAUAUGUAGUCAAUUUUGGUGAUGCUUUAAUAUCCUGGAAGUCAAAAAAGCAGGAGACAAUUGCCAGAAGCUCAGCAGAAGCAGAAUUUAGGAGUAUGGCAUCAACACAAACUGCAAUUCAGAUUGAAGCUAAUUCUAUAUUCCAUGAAAAAACCAAGCAUAUUGAUAUCGAUUGUCACUUUGUGAGGGAAAAAAAUAUGCAAGGACUGAUCAAGACUCAUCAUGCUCCUACCAAGGAGCAACAAGCUGAUUUACUGACAAAGAGUAUUGGGAAAGUACAUCACGACUAUCUACUGUCCAAGCUGAAGUUGAAAGACCUGUUUCAACCAUCAGCUUGA